AUGCCCGAAUAUAAACUCGUAAAUUUCGACUGCAAAGGACGGGCGGAGAUGACUCGCAUGAUAUUUGCUGCUGCAGGAGUAAAGUACGAGGACUGCAGACUAGCAAGGCAGAAAUACGAGGAAUUAAAAGCCAGUAGGUUGAACUCAGAGCAAUGCUUUAUUAAAGGCUAGCUGGUUUAUACACUAUCAAAGCUUCUACCACAGUAGGAAUUUUGCAUUAUUAAAUUCUAAGUUUUGAAUUAUCAGUUGUAAGAAAUGUUUCGAAGGGAAAUUAUUCAGUGUUAAAUAAUAAGAAUUUUAAACAAUUAUAUCACAGCUGAAUCAAUUUCCUCAAACGUUUCUUACAAACCCUUCAAAAUUCCUACUGUGAUCACAGAAACAUUGAUAAUGUAACCAGGCUUAACUUUUUAUGUAUGAGUCGUGGUAAUGAGCUAAAUGCAUAGUAUACACACGUAAAAACGAACAAGUUGUUACAAGUCUGCAAACAAGUUGUUACAAAUCUGUUCACAAGCUGUUGACAAGUUGUGUUCGAACUGCUUGUUCCCAGUUGUUGUAACAAGUUUGGAACAAGCUGUUAACAACUUGUAACAAGCUUGAUGGCAUUACCAGUAUCAGACUUGUUACAAGGUUGUUCUAACAAGUCUGAUACAGUCGGCAUGAUAUAACAAGAAUGUUACAAAUUUGACGACACAAGGUUGUAACAAUAUUGCUAUAUCAUGACUGUAUCAGACUUGUUGGAACAACCUUGUAACAAGCCUGAUAUAAUAUCAACAAGGUUGUUACAGACUUGCUACAGGAUAUGAGGUUUUUGCGUGUGUCAAGUUUGAACAACCAAAUACAAUUUAUAGUCGCCUUUGUUUAUGAGAGUAAAAUGCUAUUGUAGAUGAGCACGUCGACGUCUUCAUUGACGUUGCCGUUUUAGUUCCCAAGCUCAGUAGUUUAAUUAAAGCCUGCAGCACUGCCAGCACACCGGAGAGAUGACCUGCACCACGCGAUCGAGGCAGUUAGCUCGGCAAGUUUCUCUCGUGCAUGAGUGGCAGACUUCACAGUUCACACGCGACUACAGACUGCGCAUAAUUCUCUAGGUGGAAAACUACCAUUUGGCCAGUUGCCUGUUCUUGAAGUCGAUGGUGAAAUUUUGCCACAAUCAAUGGUUUGUACGAAAUCAUUGUAUAUAAUGAUAUAUGCAUGAAACGGCCUCUGUUUUAAUGGAACACUGAACAUUGACAUUCUAUUGAUUGUGUAUUGGAUAUAACUAAAUAAUUGACUUGAAUGAAAACACUGGACUGUACGUGGUGAAAUAAUCCAAGUUUAUUCAAUGUUAAGGGUUUGCUCCAACAGAGAGUUUUGAAGUCGCAAAAGCUGACGUGAUUGCGGAAAGUCUUGGCCAUCUUUUUGAUAAAGCAAUCGAUUGGCAUUUCGAGGAGAAUGAAGAGACCAAGGUAAUGGACCUGCCUUGUAGGUUUGUAGGCGAUAAAUUGAAUUGAUUUUGUAGACAACGUCGCAUUUAGUUGACUGGUUAAUGAUUGACUCAAUAUAUUGAGUUUAAAUUUUCGGGAGCCUGAGGAGCAUUUUUCUUAGUGAGGAACAUUUGAAAAAGGCAAAUCAGUCCGGGUCCGAAGAACAUUAAACACUUUUUCUCAAUUUUUCCGCCAGGUUUACUAGCAGACUCACUGAAUACAUAUUCUUUUGUCUUAUACUUUGCAGCAAAAAUUAUACAAAGAAUUGUUUGAAAAAAGUAUUCCACGUACGCUUGAAAACUUGGAUAAGAUUCUGAAAUCUUGCGAUGGAAAGUAUUUUGUUGGGAAUAAGGUAGAUGUAUAUAAAAUGAUCAUAAUCGCAAUGCGUUGCACUGCUUGACUGUUUGUUCCCUGUCGUUGACAUGUACAAAUUUGGAAUAAGUUGCUUUCAUCUUGUAACAAGGUUGAAGAGGCCAACAAAUUACUCGCAACAAAUUGUUCCAACAAAUCCAUAUUGUCUACACGUAGUAAGUUGAUGACAACGAGUUGGUAACAACUUGUUACGAACAGCCUGUGUUAGUCGUGUUGGAACAACUUAUAGCAAAUUCUGUUACCGUUAUCAAUCUUCUAACAAGAUGAUAACAACUUGUUCCGGACUAGUCACAACAAAUGCGAACAAUUGCAAGCAGUGCCAACACUUAUUUUUCACUUGUCAAAUGACUUUGCUUUUUAUGAUGAAGUGUUUCCAAAAUUUGAUUAUUCACAAGUUUGCCAACAAGCUGUCAACAAGUUGUAUUCGCACUGCUUGUCCCAAGUUGUCAACAAGUUAAGUUUGGAACAAGCUGUUAGCAACUUGUAACAACCUUGUUGGUAUUAUCAGACUUGUUGCAAGGUUGUUCUAACAAGUUCGAUACAGUCAUGAUAUAUCAAUAUUGUUACAACCUUGUGUCGUCAAUCUUGUAACAUUCUUGUUAUGACUGUUUCAGAUUUGUCAGAACAACCUUGUGACAAGUCUAAUAAUGCCAUCAAGCUUGUUACAAUUAGUUGUUAACAGCUUGUUCCAAACUUGUUACAACAACUGGGAACAAGCAGUGCGAACACAAUCUGUCGACAGCUUGUGAACAGACUUGUGACAACUUGUUUGCAGACCUGUAACAACCGUUGUGCGUUUUUACGUGUGUACGACUGAUUAGUAUUUGUUCACACGUAGAAGCUCUUUAAAGACCUUUGUCGAUAUUGCUUAUAACGUCAGCAAAACGGGAUUAAAGAGUUAAAGUAGUAUUUUCUUCACAGCUGACGUAUGCAGAUAUAAUAUUCUUCUCAGUUUUGAAGAUCAUUCAAGAAUUCAAAGAAAACGACGAGUUAAACGAUGGAUCAAUAUUGUUGGAUAAACAUAUGGCACUGAAAGAGCUCUACAGCACUGUUUCGAACAACCCUGGAAUAAACAAAUGGUUGAGUGAACGUCCGCUAACCAAAUACUGA